AUGGGAGCACCCCCAAAAAAAGAGCCCCCCUCCCCCACAAAACCCCCACCCCCCACCCACGGAGCCCCUCCCACCCAUGGGGCCCCUCCCCAGACACGGGAGGCCCCCCCCCCCGCAGACACCACCCCCUGGCUGUGCAGCCCCCCCGGGCACGGAGACCCCCCCCCCCGGACACCCCCCGAGGAGCCGGAGCCGGCGGCGGCGGCCACGGAGCCCCCCGAGGAGGCGUGGCCUGUAGCGGCGGAGGCGGGGCCGGUGGCGCAGCUGCGGGCGGCGGGGCAGGGGCUGGCCCGGCGCCUGCAGGAGGCCGAGAGCCACAACCUGGAACUGGAAGCAAAGCUGCAGCGGCUGCAAAGCCCCCCCCCCCCGGGGCCAGGGCCCCCCCCCGCAGGAAGGAGGCAUGGGGUAGCCCCCCACCAUCACGGCCCCCCCCCCCAGCAGUGGCCCCCCCCCGGGGGUGCCCCUGUCCUGGCACCUCCUGCUCUGGGCCCAGGUCCCCCAUCCUAG